AUGUGCUUUGAUUAUCUCUUUAUCUUCUGGAAACAGUUCCUUUCUGCUUCUGUGCGCAAACCAGCUCGUGCGCCAGACUCUCUGCUUCAUUCGCCUGCAACAGUCGUGUCGGCGGUGGAGCCUGUUUCGAAAGCCACUAAAGUCGAAGAACAGGCACCUGGCUGUGAAGACACCGAGGGGAAACGCUCUUCUGAGAACAUUUUGCUCACCGUGUGGCAGCAGAUGGCGCAACCACACCGAGAGAAGAAAUAUGAGUGCCGGUUCUGCCCUUUCUCCAGCUCUCGCUCGUCGAACCUCAGGCAGCACGAAAGGACGCACACGGGCGAAAAGCCCUUCAGCUGCGCCGUCUGCCACAAAAAGUUUACACAAAAGGCUCGCCUACAGGCUCACGAGAAAAUUCACACAGGUGAAAAGCCAUUCAGGUGCCAGACUUGCGAAAAGGCGUUUUCAGACAAAUCUAACCUGCAAGUUCAUAACAGAAUUCACACAGGUGAAAGGCCGUUCAGGUGCCAGACUUGCCAGAAGGCAUUUGUAAAUAGCGGUAACUUGACGCAUCACAGAAGAGUCCACAUGAGUGACAAACCAUACAAAUGCGGAACAUGUGGAGCUCCGUUUAAGCAGUGGUUUCAGUUGAGGCGUCACGAGGAACUUCACGGUGUAGACCCAUCAUAUCAUUGCAAGCAGAGUGGAGAAAAUUUUCUGGAGAAAGUUAAUUUAAAUGCACAUGAGAAGGAGCAUCAUCCGUGAGGGACAUCCAUUUUAUAGUAAAGGGUGGUGUAGCUUGACAUAUUUGCACAAUGUCGUUUUACCCUUUUGUUCAAGACCACCUUGGGUAAACCUGAUAACUGAUUGCCCAUUAAUGAAUCAUGUAUGGUGUAAGAGUACUGACUACCAUCUAUCACACUGUAGAGUCAGGACAGCAAAAAGAACUAUCACUAACAAGGAAGCCCUCAGUGCCCAUCACAAGGAGCAUAUGCCAUAUUUUCCGGUCGAUAGGUCACACCUUUGCUUAAGUUGUACCUUACUGUAAAGCGCUGUUUUCAUUGAAACAUUGCUAUUUUGGCUCCAACCUUGUACAAGACACACCUAUAUAUUUGUAUGAUGGGCACGGCAAAGAUUAAUCGAAAAGCCUGCAUAUGUGUACUAUUAAUAUUGCAAUAUAUGCGCAAGCAUGAACCAGUUCCAAUAUUGUCGUCAAUGAAUUGAACAAUAUAUCCCCAGUGGCAAAUUUCAGAAGUUAAAGGGGCACAGACACUGCAUUGGUGAUAUUUUUAUUUUGUUUUCUGAAACAGAUCAAAUUGUUGUCAUAAACACAAAAAAUACUACAAUGCCAAAAAAAACUUUUCCCACGCGCAUGCAUGCCUAUUUUUUUUUGCAGCUUUUCUUUCCCUGUUUUCACCUCCUGGCUUCUUUUUAUUUGUGACAUAAUCAAUUAUGAUAUUUAGAGGCUUUGUAAACGACAUUUUUAUAUUUAAUAACGGCAUUCGCAAAUCAUGUUUUUUCACAUAAUUGCAAACGCAUUACUGGGCAUAGUGACUUACAAUUGCGUUAAAAAACAUGUUUUACUGUUGCCGUUAUUAUAUAUUUUAUAAAUUAUGCCAGGAGACGUCAUUUCCGGACCCUGGUGGGGCUUCUUUUGAAAUCUUGAAAAUUGAUGUCUGUAUAUGAUGUAGUCUCCUGGUUUUUUUUAUCCUCCCUCGGAAAACAUGGUGGCGCUCGGCACAUUUAGCGCUCAGGAUGAUCGGGAGUCGGGGAAUCGGACGAUGUUCUCUUUUUGGUGUCUGACGACCUCUCAGACUUUGAAAAGGAAAUUGUCAAACAGUCAAAACAACUGGGUUUGUUGCCUGUGCACCAUAAAUUUGGUUGUGGCUCGACCAAGGUAGCCUUUCACGCAGCACUGGGCCUGUCCUGAGAGCCAUUGCUAAAGUUCAAGAAGAGGCUCUUGGCUGUGAAGACGCCGAGGGUGAAUACUCUUCAGAGAAUGACUCGUUUACCGUUUGGCAGCAGAUAGCGCACCAGCACUAAGAGAAGAAGUAUGAGUGCCGGUUCUGCCCUUUCUCCAGCUUUCGCACGUCGGGCAUCACCCAGCUGCAAAUUCCCAUUAAAUCCAAUUGGAAUUCCAACUGGUUUUAACUGGAACCAAUUGGUUUUAAUGGGUUCUAACGGACCACACUGGCCAAUGGGUCUCACCAAUUGGAAUUAUUUUUUCCAGUUGGAACCUGAAUGGGUUCCCAAUGGUUCCCAUUGGUUCCCGUUGGUUCCCAUUGGCAGUGACCAAUUGGUUGUCCAAAAACCCAAUUGGUACCAACAAGUCACCAAUUGGUACCAAUAAGAAAAUUCCAAUUGGAACUUAAUGGGAAUUUUCAACUGGGCAAAGAGCAUGAAAGGACACACACAGGCGAGAAGCCUUUCAGCUGCCGUAUCUGCCACAAACUGUUUUCACUGAAGAGUACCCUGCAGGCUCACGAGAGAAUUCACACAGGUGAAAAGCCGUUCAGGUGCCAGAUUUGCCAGAAGGCAUUUUCACACAAAAGUAGCCUGCAGGCUCACGUCAGGGUUCAUACAGGUGAAAGGCCGUUCAGGUGCCAGACUUGCCGGAAGACGUUUAUGGAAAGCAGUCACUUGACGCGUCACAGGAGAGUCCACAUGAGUGACAAACCGUACAGGUGCGGAACGUGUGGGGCUCCGUUUAACCGGCAGUUCCAGUUGAGGCGGCACGAGAGACUUCACAGUGGAGACCCGCCAUUUCAGUGUGAGCAGUGUGGAGAAAAGUUUGUGCAGGAAACUCAUUUAAAUGCACAUCAGAAGGAGCGUCAUCCAUGAGGAACGUUCGUUGUAUACUAAAGAGUGGUGUAGCUCGACUUAUUUGUACGGUGUCGUUUUACCCUUUCAUGUAAGACCAUCUUGAAUGGACCUGUUAACUGAUUGCCCAUUCAUGAAUAAUCUAUGAUCUACCGUUACUGACUGCCAUCUAUCACUCUCUAGAGUCAGGACAGCAGAAAGAACUAUCACUUAUAAAGAAGCCCUCGGUGCCCAUCGUAAUGAGUGCAUAUAUCAUAUCUUCCGGUCUAUAAGAGACAUUUUUGCAUAAGUUGUGCCUCACUGUAAGUGGCUGUUUUCAGUAAAAGGUUGGAGUACUGGCCAUACUUUUAUAUGAGUUGCACCUAUAUAUUUGUGUGAUCGGCACAGCAAAGGUUAAUUGAAAGUCGGCAUAUAUGUAGUAUGAUCGCAAUAUAUAUGUGCAAGCGAUAGCAAGCUUAAAUUUUCUCGUCAGCCAAUCAAAAGAGAAAUGUAUCCUCCGUGGCAAAUUUCUGUUGUUAAGGCCCAUAGUUAUAGAAAAAAAUGCAUAUAAGUGGCAUAAUUGUAUAAGAUGCAUCGACGGAAAUAUUCGGUAAAAAAGUGUGCCCUAUGUAUUGUAGAAUACAGUAGGUGCAUCUUUGUUCUGCCAUGCACCCCAGAAAGCUUUACUUUCUACUAUUCCUGGCUACUUCAAGCUGAAUGCACUUUUUUUACAUUGCAGUCAUGCAGCUAGGCACCUGCUGAAGCGAAUGUAGAGAGCAUGAAAUAAAAAAUGCGGCCUUCAAAGACAA